AUGAUCGCUUUGACUACCGCGGUUGCGAUAGCAGUCACCUGCUCGGUCAUCUUUAUGGUUUCGGCUGUGGUAAUCACGAUUAUUUGGAUCAAGAUUCGACAGGAGAGGAGAUCACUUGCACUGAUCAAGGCAAGGCAAGGGCCAUAUGCUCAUGGACUGCAGAACUUUCCUGCCGAAACAUUGACGGAGCUGUCGCGUGAGGAAGGUUCUGCGCUGAGACAGUAUGGACAGCUUCCGUACGGUAGACCUACAGAAUGGGGUCUUUUAUCCUCGAGAGAAAGCCUAGCCCAGACUUCAGACGAUAAAACGCCAAUUGAGCUACUGAAAAAGCGCAGUCUCUCUAUUAAGCGCUCCUUAUCGUCUCUAUCCAGAGGGCAUUCCAAGAAGAACUUGACGGGUCCGGGUUCCCUGACAACGCUGACAGAAGCUUCCGAAGGGCCAUAUUCCCAAGCAUCCCCUUCUAGGGAGGACCUGAUUGUUUCGGCAGUUGAUGGAAUUAUGGAACUACCAACGGAAACAACACCGAGACAGACGCCAGAACGGGAGGAUGAACAGCUCAGUGCAGACAAUACUAUUCGUCCCGUCUCUGGAGCGUGGCCAUUGCUCCAGCAGAGAGAACGCUCUAGUGCUCUGUUUCCAGUGUUUGAAGACCACUACGAAGCUUUCGAUCCAUCCGGUGCCCGAGUUCGAGGCGGCAGCAUCACUUCUCAAACGGCGGGCAUUGCGCCUGAUCAACCCGUCCCGCCCCCCCCAUGCGCAUAUCCUCCAAACCGCUUUCGCCUAUCGAAGAACGACUCUGUCCGAUUUUCUUCCGUGAGCCUCGAAACGGCAGAUAGCUCGAUUUUAGACGAUAGUAGAAGGACGUCUGCAAAUGUCGACAGCAGUCUCGCCUCGCCUGCAUUACCACCGUGUCCUACAUUCGCCCCAUUCAGCGCGAACGACGUGGGAAAAGAAUGCAAUCGCAGGAGCCUUACAGCCAAUGCGGCCCCCUUUAUCUUCCCCGCCAAUUCACCUGCGCGCAAGGGCCAAAAGAUCGAAACUGAGCGUGUCUCUCCCCGCCGCAGCCUGACUGCUUGCAGCCCCACACGGGCAUCCGAAAGAGUCAGCCCAACACCAAGGCGAAGCGAGUCUCUAUCAGCCAAACAGUCCAGAGACGAGCCCAAGCCCCAUCUUGACAUGGACCACAUUCCACCUUUGAACACAACCGGCCGCAAUACCGCCCUACUACCGCAUUUCAGUCAGAUGCAGCGCCAUUCCAUGCACAGUAGCCCGCGGAGGGAUAAUGACCCCUUCUACAGUGGGACAGGCUCAUCGCAUAGUCUGACUUACAACCCGCACGCUCCUGGACGGAGGGCCAGCAGUUUUCAACCUCAGGACACGACGCCUCACAGGUCAAACAGCCACCCCAAGCCGCCGUUAGCAUCUGCCUUGAAAGGGAGCGGCCAUCGAAAAGGCCAUAGGCGCCAGAACUGUGUGCGGAUCUCAAUUCACCCCCCAAUAACAUUUGCCGGGCCUGCAUUCUCCCCCAUGGUCGAAGAACCAGAGGAAGUCGAAGAAAUAGACAUCCGCCGCUCGGAGAUAUCAGACAUUUCGUGCUCAAACGUCUCGCGCAACUCCAGCGUCUCAGCGAUGUCCACUACAAAUCGCAACAGCGUCCAGGAUGACCGCCCCAUUUCCCGAAUAAUAGAAGGUCCUGUAGGCGCUACAUUAGAGUCAACUGGUAGCCCUGUGAAAAAAAGAAGACAAUCGCAGCUCGAGUCAGCCUCAACCUCCAAAUCUCCCUCCGUGCCAGCCACGGCAACAGUGACAGUAACAGAAAAAGCCCUCCCCGGAAUUCUUACCAGCCUCCCAACAACAACCGACAAAGACAGUCUUUCGCACACCCCAUCUCCAGAGCGCAACCCGCCCGUCUGGAAAGUCUCAUAUCAAAACUCACCAACGCAGCUCGAGAACUCGCCUGUCCCCGGAAGUCCCCGCCGCUCUGCGGUAAUGGGACCGCGCAGCCAGCCGGGGAAGCCAGCGCGGAAUAGCUAUCAAUCUCUCAUUCCGUCUGACGAUGGUAAACCGCCGCCGUCGCAGCCACAGAGCCAAGCUUCAUCAACUCCCGGUCCACCACGCAAUCACAGUAUCAAAGAAUCCUUUCGAAGCCCAUCAACACAGUACUCCUUGCGCCGCGCAAAGAGCGAAGCACGAGAACAAACACAACAAACUCCACCACGCAACCAAACCAGAAAGCGAGCGAGCCAUAACACUCUCUCUAGCGCGAGUACGAGUACUACUAUAACAAGCACACAGACUAAUCCUCAAACCCAGAGCCAGGGUCAGAGUCAGAGUCAACCCCGAAAAACCCCAGGAACCCAGGUCAGCGCCGUAGUCCCCAUCUGGGAAGACCGCGCCCAGAAGCAGUCCCAAUCUCAACCUGCAUCGGCGUCUGUGCCGCGCCGCUCAACCGUCUCGCUCGUCUAUGACCCGCCUGUUUUGAAUCCAGUUUCCACCGGUACUGGUGCCGGAACAGGAAGAGGAACCGGUUAUGAAAAUGGGAAUCAGAACGGCGAGACAUCCCCGCGGGGUAACCAGGCCGAUCGCAUGGCGCGCAUGUCGAGCUAUCGCAACUCAAGGCAGGGGUACUCCACACCGGCAAAGAAGACGGUUGGGUUGGGUAUUGGGGCUGGGGCUGGGGCUACGACGCCGGGGAGUUUGUAUGAUGGGGAGGGCUUCUUGAAGGAGUGA